CCUCAAGGCUCUGAGUCAGUGUUUUAACUCUCCCCCAGGGCACUGAGUGUCCUUCGGUGCUCUGCUGCUCAGCUCUUCACUUCUUCAAUGCAUGCUCUGUGAUGGCUUUUGCAAUUGUGCUCCUCCUGGGUGUUCUGGCUUCUUAUCAUGGAUUCAACUUGGAUGUGGAGGAGCCCGUGAUAUUUCGAGAGGAUGGAGCUAGCUUUGGACAGAGCGUGGUCCAGUUUGACAGAUCUAGACUCGUGGUGGGAGCCCCCCUGGAGGUGGUGGCGGUCAACCAAACAGGACGGUUGUACGACUGUGUGGCUGCCACUGGCCUAUGUCAACCCAUACCACUGCACACACCCCCAGAGGUCAUGAACAUGUCCCUGGGCCUGUCCCUGGCAGCCUGCACCAAUCGUUCCUGGAUACUGGCCUGUGGUCCCACCAUGCACAGAGCCUGUGGGGAGAAUAUGUAUGCAGAAGGCUUCUGCUUCCUGUUGGGUUCCCACCUGCAGACCAUUUGGACCAUGCCUGCUUCCCUGCCAGAGUGUCCAAGUCAAGAGAUGGACAUUGUCUUCCUGAUUGAUGGUUCUGGCAGCAUUGUCCAAAGUGACUUUAAGCAGAUGAAGGACUUUGUCAGAGCUGUAAUGGGACAGUUUGAAGGCACCAACACCCUGUUUUCCCUGAUACAGUACUCCAACCUUAUGAAGGUCCACUUUACCUUCCGCCAAUUCCAGAGGAUCUCGAACCCUCAGAGCCUGGUGGAUCCCAUUGUCCAGCUGGAUGGCCUCACAUUUACAGCCACGGGGAUCCGGACAGUGGUGGAAGAACUAUUUCAUAGUAAGAAUGGGGCCCGAAAAAGUGCCAAGAAGAUCCUCAUUGUCAUCACGGAUGGGCAGAAAUACAAAGACCCCCUGGACUACAGCAACGUCAUCCCCCAGGCACAGAAAGCUGGCAUCAUUCGCUAUGCCAUUGGGGUGGGGAAUGCUUUCCAGGAACCCACUGCCAGGCAGGAGCUGAACACCAUCGGCUCACUGCCCUCUCAGGACCACGUGUUCAGGGUGGACAACUUUGCGGCACUCGGCAGCGUCCAGGAGCAGCUUCAGGAGAAGAUCUUUGCAGUCGAGGGAACCCAGUCGAAGGCAAGUAGCUCUUUCCAACAUGAGAUGUCACAAGAAGGCUUCAGUUCAGCGCUCGCAAUGGAUGGACCAGUUCUGGGGGCAGUGGGGAGCUUCGGCUGGUCUGGAGGUGCCUUCCUGUACCCCCAAAACCAAAGCCCCACUUUCAUCAACAUGUCUCAAGAGAAUGUGGACAUGAGGGACUCUUACCUGGGUUACUCCACUGAGCUGGCCUUUUGGAAGGGGGUCCCCAGCCUGAUCCUGGGGGCCCCCCGCCAUCAGCAUACUGGGAAGGCUGUCAUCUUCACCAAGACGUCUGGGCAAUGGAGGCCGAAGGCUGAAGUCGCAGGGACUCAGAUCGGCUCUUACUUUGGGGCCUCCCUCUGCACUGUGGAUGUGGAUAGAGACGGCAGCUCUGACCUGGUCCUCAUCGGGGCUCCUCAUUACUACAAGCCAACCCGAGGGGGGCAGGUGUCUGUGUGCCCCUUGCCCCAGGGGAGGGCUAAGUGGCAAUGUGAGGCCAUUCUCUUUGGGGAGCAAGGCCACCCCUGGGGCCGCUUUGGGGCAGCGCUGACGGUGCUGGGGGAUGUGAAUGGGGACAAGCUGACGGACGUGGCCAUCGGGGCCCCAGGAGAGCAGGAGAGCCGGGGUGCUGUCUACCUAUUUCAUGGAACCUCAGGGCUGGGCAUCAGCCCCUCCCACAGUCAGCGGAUCGCGGGCUCCCAGCUCUCUCCUUCACUCCAGUAUUUUGGGCAGUCCCUGAGUGGGGGUCAGGACCUCACCCAGGACGGACUGGUGGACCUGGCUGUCGGGGCCUGGGGACAGGUGCUGCUGCUCAGGAGUCGGCCAGUGCUGAAUGUGGGGGUGGCCAUGAGAUUCAUGCCAGCGGAGGUGCCAAAGGUUGUGUACCAGUGCUGGGGAGACAUGCCAUCCACCCUGGAAGCUGGGAAUGCCACAGUGUGUCUCACUAUCCACAAAAGCUCACUGGACCAGCUAGGUGAUGUCCAAAGCUCUGUCAAGUAUGAUCUGGUAUUAGACCCAGGCCGUCUGGUUUCUCGUGCCAUUUUUGACGAAACCAAGAACUGGACUUUGAUUCGAAGGAAAACCCUGGGAAUGGGAGUUUACUGUGAAACCAUUAAGCUGCUUUUACCAGACUGUGUGGAGGACGUGGUCAAUCCCAUCAUCCUACGCCUCAACUUCUCCUUGGUUGGGAAGCCCAUCCCCUCAUCUCAGAACCUUCGCCCUGUGCUGGCUAUGGACUCACAGGACCUCUUCACUGCUUCUCUCCCCUUUGAGAAGAACUGUGGACAAGAUCACCUCUGUGAAGGGGACCUGAGCAUCAAUCUCAGCUUCUCAGGCCUGCAGACCCUUGUGGUAGGGAGCUCCCUGGAGCUUAAUGUGACAGUGACUCUGUGGAAUGAGGGUGAGGACUCCUAUGGAACUGUGGUCCACUUCUACUACCCAGCAGGGCUGUCCUAUCGACGAGUGUUAGAAACACAGCAAGCCCAUCAGCGCCCACUGCGCCUGGCGUGUGAGGGAGGGCCUGCUGGGGAUGAGGGCCGGACAAGCAGCAGCUGUAGCAUCAACCACCCCAUCUUCCAAGAGGGCACCAAGGGCACCUUCACAGUCACAUUUGAUGUCUCCUACAAGGCCACCCUGGGCAACAAGAUGCUUCUGAAGGCCAGUGCAAGCAGUGAGAAUAAUAAACCUAUGACCAGCAAAACCGACGUUCAUCUGGAGCUCCCAGUGAAAUAUGCUGUCUACGUGGUGAUCAGCAGGCAGGAAGAGUCUACAAAGUACUUCAACUUUUCAACUUCUGAUGAGAAGAACAAGAAAGAAGCUGAGCAUCGUUAUCGUGUGAAUAACCUGAGUCAGCGAGAUGUGACCAUCAGCGUUAAUUUCUGGGUUCCUGUCCUGCUGAAUGGAAUGGCUGUGUGGGAUGAGGCUGUGGUGGCCCCUUCUCAGAAUCUCUCCUGUGUGUCGGAGAGGGUACCUCCCCAGCAUCCUGACUUUGUGACCCAGAUUCCAGGGAGUCUUGUACUGAACUGCUCCAUUGCUGACUGCCUGAAGUUCCACUGUGACCUCCCCACUUUUGGCAUUCAGGAGGAACUUGACUUCAUCCUGAAGGGCAAACUCAACUUUGGCUGGGUCAGCCAGACAUUGCAGAAGAAGGUAUUGGUAAUGACUGUGGCUGAAAUCACGCUCAACAGAUCCGUGUAUUCCCAGCUUCCAGGACAGGAGGCAUUCUUGAGAGCUCAGAUGGAGACGGUGCUGGAGAAGUAUGAGGUCUACAAUCCUAUCCCCAUCAUUGUGGGCAGCUCUGUGGGAGGACUGCUGCUGCUGGCUCUCAUCACAGCCGUCCUGUACAAGGUUGGCUUCUUCAAGCGUCAGUAUAAGGAAAUGAUGGUGGAAGCAAACGGACAGACUGUCCCAGAAAAUGGGACUUCAGACCCUCAAGCUGCCCAAUAAGAAACUACCUACUAUUGUCCCUUGGACCUGAUAUCCUCUGAGAAGUUUCCUGGCUCUCUUAUUCCCACCUAAGUUAGGCCUACAGGGGAGAACUGUUCAACAUGAGUGAGGCUAGGGUCAGGCUGCUUUCUCUCCUUGGGAGGAUGCAGUGUGUCCACACAAAGUGCCUUGUCUGGGAGGGGUCAUUUGUCUUGUCAAAGCUGUAACUGGAAACCUCAGAGCAGGAUCUUAAACAUGCCCCUGGGUGGAGUGGGUUUGGAUUUCUACUUAGAAAUACAUGAACAAUAGAGUCAAGCUCUAGUCUCUCUUGCUUCACUUGCUACCAAUGGUCUUUCCAAAAUGCAGUACUGAACAAGCCACAAUCCUCCUCUAUCUUUAGUGACUCCCUGUAAUUUUCAGGUUGACAUCUGAGCUAUCCAAGUUGAUGUUAGGAUUGCAUUCCAUUUCUAGAGGGCGGUUAUGAGGCAGAAACCAUGACUUGCUCUGUGCUCUAUUCCUAGUAAAAUAAUGUCAGUAUCAGCUUUGUCUCCGGAAUCUCAGUCCAGAUUUCCCAAACUGAACUGGGAAUAAAAUGUCUGCACACUGGAA